AUGGAUGAAGUCGGUGACGUGGAUAUCAAGCACGAGAGACCACAUCCCUACGGCCAACCACCUCCAAAUCCUAUCCACCGUAUGCCGCCAGCCGAGACCCCUACGUCGUACAGCUAUCCUCCUCCGGGAGGCGCAGGUAUGCCACCACCGGCGCCGGCGUGGAACCCGACGCCUUCGCCAUACAAUGACUCCGCGGAGCACCGCCCUCCGCCUCCAGACAUCCCUCAUCAGUCGCCAUAUCCUCCACCUCCUCAGGCCUAUCCUCCCAGUCAUCCCCCGCCUGGCAGAGAACCCCCAGGUUACCCUCCGGACCCAGGUUACGGCCGCCCUGGCAGUGUAUCGGGCCCUUCGAGGUCCCCAGCCGAUGUCCAACAACCACCGCAACAACCUCCACCAUAUCACCCUGUGAGUACCAAUCCCCACGAAGCUCCCUACUAUCCUCCCCCAGCCGACUACAGGCCGCGUCAUGCCUACCCAGGGCCCGAGCCCCAGCUCAACGGAACUCACCAGCCGCCUCCUCUUCACGUCGUGACUGGGCAUGAGAUGAUGCCAGGACAACCUCCCGGGCCGCCGGCUUAUGGACCGCCUUCAGGAGGUCCUAUGCCAACUCCCGGGCCAUACCCGUAUCCUUAUCCCUAUCAUGGUGAGCAUAGACGAAAACCAGUACGAGCCGCCCAGGCGUGUGAUUCGUGCCGCCAACGAAAGGCGAAGUGCGACGAAGGUAGACCCGAGUGUCAACACUGUAAGGACAACGGGUUGAAAUGCUCAUAUCGAGAGAUCCCUCCACAAAAGUCGGAGAAGCAAGUCCUGGCCAUCACGGCUCAGUUGGAUUCGCUGGCCGAGGAUGUCAAGACGUUAUCCCAGAAGGCCCAGGAGCGGGACGAGAAGAUGGAUCAGUUGCUGAAGCAGCAGGACGACAAAAUUAACCUGUUGCUUGACCAUAUCACGAGGUCCCGAGCAGAACCAUAUCCAGCGAAAGCCGAUGUAUCAAUGCUCGACCAGCAAACCCAUGUCAAGGUUACAACGCCUGCAGUUCCGAGCCCUGCAAUUAAGAGCGAUGCGAAUCCGAUUUCUGCUGUUCCAAGCCCUGCAAACCCGAGCUCUGCAGGCCCCAGUCCUGCUCAGCCUCCGCCACCGCUGUUCCGCCGACAGGAUAGUACGUCUGAAGUCAAGUCUGGUUCGCAAUCCCAGAAUCCUUCCGCAGCAUCCAUCAUGCACAUGCGAAACUCGGAAACGGAGAGUAUAGAUACACCUAUGCCUGCCAAACAUACAACGGCAGCGCAAAAUCUCGUUCUCUGGCCUUCGAUCAAGGCCCUGAUUCCGAGAGGCAUUACACCCUCAUAUGUGUUGGAUGAGGAAACCAGCCGAGGCUUGUUGCGACUUUAUGGGUGUGGGGAAGGAGAGGACAAAAAUGAUGGGCAUGAAGGCGCUCCGAGUCCAGCCAACAGCAACUCAUCAGAAGGACGACGUACAGAUGAUGACACCUCUUCCUCACCGCACGGUGUCUGGGGCAGUGGACAGCUGCAUGUGCCCAUGGCGAAUCAAAGCCAUUCCGCACGUGAACAUCCCGGUGGCUUGAGUCCCAGUGGUGGGUUGAUGUUGGAUUCGGAUGCAGUCGAUCGAUACUUCCGCAGUUUUAUGGACAAUAUGCAUAUCCACCAUCCAUUCCUCGAGCCAAAGGUCCUCCGGAUCAUGAUUCAGACCUUCAAAAGAAAAUACAGCUGGGACUACCGGGCAACACAGCAAGUUACGGCGAUUGGAAACAAGCGUAAGCGGGAGACGACCGACUCGCCGACCUCAUUCGACGAUUACCACAAUCGCCCGCCUCAGCCCAAGGGUUAUAAUCACACCGUGGCUCCAAUUGAGCAUUCCGUUGCAAAUGCCAUUGUCUUGCUUGUACUCGCGCUGGGUAAGAUCACCUCUCAUCGCGAGCCUUUGCCGGGACCCGCGUCGACCGCUUCCAUGCGAACGUCGACGCCACACAGCGCCCUGUACUCGGAUCUCCCGAUGCCCAUGUCAGCGCCCACCUCUCCAUAUCACCAUCAACCCAACUUAAAUGGGACGGUCUCAAGUCCGGCGAAUCCGCAGGGCAAGAACAUGGACGUCAUACCGGGCCUUGCUUACUUUGCCAUAGCUGCAGACAUCUUGGGAGAGCUGCCAGGGGGCGCUGACGUGUCGCACAUUCAAGCCUAUCUACUCGCGGGUCUUUACAUGGGACAACUAGCACGGAUUUUGCCCAGCUACUUCUAUAUCAACAAAGCUUGCGUCGCAGCUCAAAUCCUAAUCGAGUCGACCCCUUACGUAACAAACACCAUGAAACCCUCUCGUCGGAAUCUGGUCAAUUUUGCGUUUUGGUCAUGCUUGCAAUUAGAGAGCGACAUUGCGGCCGAAUUGGAAUUGCCUCUUAGUGGGAUUGGUCGGUACGAGAGCCCCCAACACAAGGAGUUUCCGACUAGUAUCACAUUGGAGAGGAUCCCCGAAUCCAGUGUGGACGACGACAUCCUGAGGUUUUACUCGUACCAGAUCCAAUUGCGGACCACGAUGAACAGCGUCCACGCCACCCUAUAUCGGGAAUCGAAGAACCUACAGGUUAGGCCAAGCGACAGCAUCAUGUCGGCUUUGGACGACAACCUGGAAAAUUGGAGGAGGAUGCUGAACGACUGGGAUUGGGACGACAAUGACCACGAAAGUCCUAAUAUCAACGUAGCCCGCAUGCGAGGCAAAUACUAUGGUGCCAAAUACAUCAUCUGGCGACCGACUCUACGAUUUGCUCUGUUACAGGCUGCCACCAAUCCCAAUCUUGCACCCACUCCCAAGCCCUCCAGAGGUCGACCAUCAGAAUCGCCAGCGGGCUAUGGGCACCAUUCCGAGGCGACUUCGCCCGCGGUAUCGAGUCUUCAUACUCCCCAUCCGUUUGGGAGAGACGUUCCUUACAUCCAGCCUGAAUUGUUGGAAGGCUCCAGAAAGUGUAUUGAGGCUGCGAUCCGCAGUACUACCUCCUUUGACAAAGUCCAACGCCGUCUCGUUGUAACCAACAUCUUCGGCACGGCUCACGCCCAAUUCGGGAACAUGCUUGUGCUUUACGCGACCUUCACCUCACCCCACCCUGGCUUGAGCUCGUUAGUGCAGGAGGAUGUGUUGCGGCGAUUACACGAACGCACGGUGCAGAUUCUGCGAGAGAACGAGGCCAUCUCACCGGUGCUAGCCAAAGAUCUGAAGAUCUUGGAACACGUGCGCAUGAAGGUAUUUCCAUCGUCGACGCAUGCUUCGACGAGCACUGGCUCCAGCUUCUCCAGUCGAUAA